AUGUCAACUAGAAGUCGGAGAUCCGGGAGAGAGAAGCCUUCCAGGAGAACGACGUCUGAUAAUAUCAAUGCAGACUCAGACGCAUUAAGCGUCUCUACAAAAGAGGAAUUGGGAGAUGAUGCUCUUGCAGCGGAGGAGGGUGACUCUGUAUUGAACGAGCAGGAACUGGAGGAAACCUUGGAAGGAAACGACGAAGAGGAAGAAGGUGAAGAUGACGAUUUUGAGGAUGAAGACGAAGAAGUCGGGGAAGACGAAGAGGAGGCAGACAGCAAUGUUAGUCCACCGGUGAGUUCCAGAAACAAAAGAGAUAGGAAUGCAUCAAAACGAAAAGUGAACUAUAUCGAGUCCGAUCAAGACGAAGAAGAACGAGAGAAUGAGGACGAUGAGGAAGAUCUCGACGAAGAAGAACAAUUAGAAGACGAAGAAGGAAAUCUCACUGAUAUGAAGGAUUUGGAUUCCAAUGCGAUACCUUCAGGAGCAACAGAUUCAUCCAGAAUGACAAAAAGACAACGAGCUCUUCAAGGCGUAUUAGGAGAGGGCGAAGAAGAUGACAUGUUAGAACUUCCGCCAGAAACGUCUGGCCGCAAGAAGCUCACCGAUGAAGAAAUGGCUUUGCGAAGGGUGGAAAAUGCAAGAAGAAGGAAGAACCAGAGCGAGAAAAAGUUAGAGGAAGAAAAAAUGGAGACUAUAAAUCGUCUAUUAAAGAGACAGUCUAAUACAGACAAGCCUCGGCGUGGUCGUACACCAAUGUUAGCCCAGGAGGAUAUAGGAGCACCUAAGAAAGUCAUUAAAAAAUCCAAGGUCUCCAUGCACCAACCAUUUCAGUAUAUUCGAUGGAUCAACAACGAAGAGGGCAGCCGGGCUAUAAUACCAGAUUCCUUGUAUCCAUUCUAUCAAAAAUGA